AUGGAUGCUAAUGGCGGUAAUGGGUUUGGAGUAGAGAGCAACGCUUCGCCUGCUCAUGGCGGCAUGGCGAUGGCGGCGUGGCAAUGGCAUGGCCAGAUGAGCGGCGGCAGCGCGUGCGGGGCGCCGCCGGUGCAGCCGGGCAUGGACUCUCUCGCGUGGUCGUCGUCGGUCUCGCCAUGCACGUCGGCGGCGGUGGUCAUAGCCGGCGACGGUGCUGGUAGCUUCUUGCCGCCGCCGGCGGUAGCCGUGCGCGGCGGGUUCGGGCAUUUCCCGGUCGGCUCCGGCGGCCGCGUGGAGCGGGCGCCGCCCGGCGACUGCUCGUCGGACUCCAAGAAGAAGAGGAGAUCAGGCGAGAUUACCAGAACGGAUCACGCGAGCGCGUCGAAAGUGCUUGCCGACUCUGCAAAUGACACCGAGUGCAGCAAAGAUGCCAACGGCGAAGUGAUCGGCCCGCCGCCGCCGGCGGCGGCGGCCGGCAAGUCGAAAGGGAAGGGAGCCAAGGACGCCGGCGAGCCGCAGAAGGAAGGGUACAGCCAUGUCAGAGCUCGGAAGGGGCAGGCAACCAACAGCCACAGCCUAGCAGAGAGGUUGAGAAGGGAGAAGAUUAGCGAGAGGAUGAAACUCCUGCAAGACCUUGUCCCAGGCUGCAGCAAAGUCACCGGCAAGGCGUUGAUGCUUGACGAGAUCAUCAACUAUGUUCAAUCCCUGCAAAGACAAGUCGAGUUUCUGUCGAUGAAGCUCUCUGCAGUCAACCCAAGGAUCGAUCUCGACAUAGAAUCACUCGUCUCCAAGGAUGUUCUUCGCUUUCCCGGGCCGCCUCCGUCUGCUCCAUUCUCCUUCUCCCAGGAGAUGAUGAUACCCGGGCUACAGUUAUCGCGACCGGCCAUGCUUCAGGGAGGUAUCCGUGGCAUGAUUGAUCAAGAUUUGUUCUCCAAUGUCAUGCAGAAGCAGCAGCAAAAUGAUAAGGGAGCAUUCAGAGAGCCUCAGAUGCAUCAGACGAUGGAUGGAUCAUUCCAUGGCACGGCGCAAAUGCCGUAUCCACAGGUCGUGGGUGCAGAAGACCUAAGCAUUAGGCAAGAUCAAGAGAGUUUUCAUGUGUGAAAUGCAGCAACAUGGGAUGGGGCAGGUUUCUUCUGAUCAGAAGGCAGAUAGGAGUGACACGCACAUAAACAGAAUGUGCAUAGGACAAACUGCUGCUGAGCUGACCGGUAAGAAACUGAUUGCAUAUGGGAAGGGAGGAGGCUCUCACAUUCAGUACAUGGGGUGUAGCUGCGUUCAAAUAUCAGAACUGAAGCUUCACCGACUGAGACAGCACGAACUGCAAUCCACGAUGGCCAGAAACUCCUCUGACAUAGGAAGAAAAAGAAACUGAAGAAAAAAGAUUGAGUAUCCGAUGCGAGCAAUUGAAUCGCAGCAGGAUGCAUCUGGUUUUUCUUGGCUCCUUCCAAGUAGCAGCGAAACGUGAUGUUUGAUAGAAACACUGAAAUACAACUGUUUUUGUGUGUGUGUGUGUGUGUGGACAGAUACGGCAUGAAAUUUAAUGCUUAUGCAUCAUUCUUUUUUUCAUAUUGAGUACCUCCCUUUUCAGAGUUCAUUUUCUGUUCUGGUGGCCCUUGUGCGAUUUUAUGGGACAUGAUGGCAAUAGUGUAAAUCUUAGACAGUCCUAAAUAUCAUAUUUGGAUGUCUGUUAAGCAUCCUGUAAGCUCCCUAUGGAUAUUUGGGCUAUCCAACUAAC